CUUACUGCCCCCACAACUCCAAAUUUAAAGGGAAAAAGUGAAAAGUAAAAACCAAAACGAUUUUGUCCACUUUUUCGUUCUUUCUUCUCUUUUUAUUAUUUUUGGCUUUGAUUUUGUCUUUUCGAGCUGGACUUGCCCAGCUCCGGAUUGGGUCCCCUUUGAACCUUCCGCCCAUGAGCCUGGGAGAAAUAUAACUUUUCUGGGUUUUCCUUUGGUUUUUGAAGGGUUCAGCUUCUGGGUUUGGUGGUGGUUGCUAUUUCUUGGUUUCGAAGGCAAAGAGAGUUCUUUUGAGUUUCUGCUUCUUCUUUUUGGGUGUUACUGGAAAUGUGGAGGGGCCCCGGAGCUCCUGCUGAGUCUUUCUACCAGGUCCGCCCCGAGUGCACCGAUGUUCCCAAAACCCACUUCAGGAUCAAGGCUGGUAGAACUUUAAGUGUAAGAAGAUGGCAUGCUGCAUUUGCUCCAGAAGGAUAUCUGGAUAUAUGCAAGCCUCUAAGUCGAAUCCAUCGUGGGGGGAUCCAUCCAUCAAUUAGAGGAGAAGUAUGGGAGUUUCUACUUGGUUGUUAUGAUCCUGGGAGUACAUUUGAUGAACGAGAGCAGAUAAGGCAACGCCGGAGACUUCAAAUUUUGCUGCUCUAUCUGGAGAAAAAAAAAAGUAUAAAUCCUAUCAAUUCCUUCAGGAUACAAUAUGCUCGGUGGAAAAAAGAGUGUUGCCAAAUGUUUCCUGCUGUUGGAAGUGGUAGGUUUGUCACAGCACCUGUAAUCACUGAAGAUGGUCUACCCAUUCAAGAUCCGUUGGUACUUUUAGAAACAGCCCCAGAAAAGGGACAGGCCAUAGCCACUCAAGAAAAUGCUGGAGCUGAUUUUAAAACCAGAGACAGUUCAAGGACAAACACAGCCAAUGGUAUGGAAAAAGUGAAGGAUAAGAAAGUAGUCCAGUGGAUGCUUACUCUACAUCAAAUAGGUCUUGAUGUGGUUCGGACUGACCGGACAUUGGUAUUUUAUGAGAAGCAAGAAAACUUAUCAAAACUCUGGGAUAUUCUUGCCGUUUAUGCCUGGAUAGAUACAGAUGUUGGCUAUUGUCAAGGAAUGAGUGACCUUUGCUCCCCCAUGAUAAUUCUUCUUGAAGAUGAAGCAGAUGCGUUUUGGUGCUUUGAACGGUUGAUGCGCAGAUUGCGAGGAAAUUUCAGAUGCACGGAUAGCUCUGUUGGGGUGGAGGCACAACUUAGUAAUUUGGCUGCAAUUACACAAGUACUAGAUCCAAAACUUCAUCAGCACUUAGAGACCCUAGGUGGAGGUGAUUAUCUAUUUGCUUUUCGGAUGCUCAUGGUUUUGUUCCGUAGAGAAUUCUCUUUUGGUGACUCAUUGUACCUUUGGGAGAUGAUGUGGGCUCUGGAAUACGACCCUGGCUUGUAUUUUAUGUAUGAAGAACCUAAGUCAGCUAGUGAAAAAGCCGAGGGAUCUAAAGGAAAAGCAAAGUCAAUACGUCACUGUGGAAAGUAUGAAAGGGAAAAUAUGAAAAACGGAGCUAGGAAUUCAGAAGGCCCUCUCCCCAUCUCUGUUUUCCUUGUUGCUAGUGUGUUGAAAGAUAAGAAGUCAAAGCUAAUGCAAGAAGCUCGGGGCCUUGAUGAUGUUGUCAAGAUAUUGAACGACAUAACAGGAAAUCUGGAUGCCAAAAAAGCUUGCACUGGGGCAAUGAAACUCCAGAAGAAAUAUUUAAGAAAGGCCAAGAAGACAUAACCGUAGAGAAAGGACAUGCUUUUUCGGCCGAUCUAGAAAUAAAAGGGUGUUCCCUUCAUCCUGAUGGUUUGAUUUGGCAAGAGACAAUCGCGUAGUUUGACGUGUAUUUUUCUCGGCUUCACAGAAUUGUACAAUGGCUUGAGCAGCAGAUCUUCCACUGAAAGUGAUUGUUGUAACUUAGAAUGAUCUUUCAUUAUUUAUACAUCCAAAACAAUUGUUUAAAGUUCUUAUACGAAUCUACUUUGUAAGCGCCUGUUGUUUGUAACAGGUUGCAAAAAUACAAAAGAAAGCUUAUGCACGAUUCAGAUUCAUAUCAAUAAAAAUCAAUCUUCUCUCU